CUAUGGCUCGUUCUAUCUGCGAAGCUAUCUGCGCAAUCUCUCCUUCAACAUUUCAAUAUCUGAUUUGUGCUCAGACCCGAUGGUUUUCUGUGAGGUACGCUUCUUCAACUUCGUCCAAUGGGCAUUCUUUCACCGUCUCGUAUCUCAUUGACACCUGUGGCUUCUCACCUACACAAGCUGAUUCAACUUCUAAGCAUGUCAGCUUAGAAACGCGGGAUAAGCCUGAUUUGGUUAUCAAUUUUCUUAAAAGUCAUGGAUUCUCUCGGCCCCAGAUUAUUCGUUUCAUUACAGAUGUCCCAUCGUUUCUUCGAUAUGAUCCUGAGAAAACCUUUCUGCCCAAGAUUGAAUUUUUCAAAUCCAGAGGCGUUUUGAGCUCAAACAUCCCUAGGAUCAUAUGUAGUUGUCCUAGAAUCAUGGCAAGAAGCUUAAGGAAGCAGCUCAUUCCUUCCUUUGACUUACUUCGAGAUGUGUUUCGAUCUGACGAGAAGCUCAUUAAAACUCUUCAAAAGUACUCGGGCAUUCUUAUUGACAGCAACACACUUGCCCGGCCUAAUAUGGAGCUAUUGCUAGAAGCAGGAGUUCCUCAAUCAAAUGUUAUCAAAUGUGUGCAGGAUUUUCCUAGGAUUUUUACUAGAAGACCUAACGAAUUCAAGGACAUUGUGGAAGAAGUUAAGGAAAUUGGGUUUGAUCAUUUGAAGUAUAAUUUUCUUGUUGCUGUUUUUGUAUACUUAGCGUUAGGAAAAUCCUUAUUCGCCAAAAAGGCUGAUGUUUAUAAGAAGUGGGGUUGGUCCGACAAUGACAUUCUCGUGGCAUUUAGAAAGUACCCCUUGUGUAUGAUCACGUCUGAGAAUAAGAUUGAUGCAGUAAUGGAGUUUCUUGUCCAUAAAAUGGGCUGUGAGUCAUCAACUAUUAGCGAAUAUCCUUCAGUUUUUGGAUUAAGUGUGAAAAGGCGAUUGAUACCAAGAGGUGCUGUCAUUCAAGCUCUGCUGUCAAAGGGUCUGAUGGAAAGGGAAACAUUGUUUGCAACAUUUAUAUACACUGAAAACUACUUUUUGGGGAAGUUUGUCCAUUGUCAUGUACAGGAAGCUACUGAAUUGUUAGAGUUGUAUCAGGCCAAACUGGAUCUUGCGGAGUGAAUGAAGAGUGAAAAGUAGGAAAGGCUUGAGGUAUGGGUACAAACUAUCUUCUCACCAUAAAGUCCUGGUGGAUCUAAAGUUAUUGUGGAGGAACUGAAGGAGAUGCGGUUUGAUUCUUCAAAGAUUCAGUUUUUUAUUUCUAUUCAUGUAGGCUUAUCCUUAACAAAAUAUCCACAUGGGCUAAAAGGGUUGAUGUUUGAGAAGUGAGGUUGGUCUGAAAAUGGCAUUUUUGCAGCAUCUAGAUAUUUCCCCCUGUAUCUUGCUUUCAGAGGAUAAGUUGAUGCAGUAUCGGAGUGUUUUUGUCGAUGAAUUGGGUUGUGAUUCUGCCACUAUUAACAAGCAUUCUACAGUUUUUGCAUUGAGUUUGAGGAAGUGAAUUAUUCCUAGAGGUGCACUCAUCCAAGUUCUGUUGUUGAAGGGUUUGAUGAAAAAGAAAAAGUCACUUGCAAUAUUUGCAUAUACUGAAAAGCUUUUUCAAAGAAGGUUUGUCCCUUGUCAUGGUCAGGAAGCUAGUGAAUUACCAGAGCCGUAUCCCCUAUAAGUCUAAACUAGAUCUUGCAAUUUAAAGGAAGACCACAAAGGUUUCAAGGUAUGGAUAGGGAGUAAAGAUUUUGCAAUUGUUGAACUGUCUUCUCACUCCAUUUCUUUUAAUGCACUACACUACUUUUAUGUUGUUUGCUCUAAGGUAGUUUGGACAGCACGUACAUCAAUGAAAAGUAUCGUUUAUGUUAUGAGUUAAAAA